AUGUCGCAACUAGAAGAUCCAUCGUUGAAAGCUCUGAAGACUUAUACUCGGACACAGACUAUAACCCUAAGCCCAGCGGCCCCGGGGGCUCAUCUCCUGUUCAAUCUUGGCCUAUGUGGUCGUUCCAAACUGACCGUACUCAACGCACUUGUUUUGUCAACUCGAGAGCAACUGUUCCCCAGCUGGACGGCGUUCCGAGCACAUCACUCCCGCAUCUGCAGGGUGUCGUCCGGACUGCCUGUCCGCUACAGCCUCUCAAGAGCUGACCCGCGUCCAACGUCGGGACUGGCCGCGCACGCAUCGGCCGCUCAGGGACUGUUCGUCCGGCUGUACCUACAACAGGAACCAGGUGAAUUCGCCUACGAUACGAAGGUCAGACGAGGGGAGAUUAUGAGGCAAACUUGA